AUGUACCUUUAUCUUUAGAGGCCCAGGCGGAGGCUCGUUUACUUAUGUUUUCUCAUAUGAAUCUCUUGUCUCCAGCUAUUGGAGAUCCCAUUUCCGUACCGACUCAAGAUAUGCUUAUUGGGCUCUAUGUAUUAACGAGCGGGAAUCGUCGAGGUAUUUGUGCAAAUAGAAAGUUGGCAAUGGGGAUAGACCUGAAGCCUUCGCUUUUACGGAAUACGGGAGAGUACGGUAGUAAUGGGCGGAAGAAGGGGACUACAGGUACUGCUACACUACCUGGAGGGGAUAAGGACAAGUGGCUCGCUACCGAGCUCGAUGCUUUGAAUAGGACCCACGGGGCGGUAAUAGAAGAUGCAGCAAAGAAAGAGGAAAGGUUGGCAGUGAAGUUAGCUCGAUCCCUUCUGCCUUAUGACUUCAAACAUCUGCGCAGCUGCUACCAGAUCAUCUCUUGUCACCCAUCAUCGGUCGUGAAUCGGGUCGGGGACACAUAUCGAUAUCCUGCAGGAGUUCCGGUUAGAGUGUUUGCUAAGGCUAGUUCUCUUCCAGGUCUUUUGAAAGGGAAAGGACUUCUGCCUUCCUUCUUUUUGAAUUAUGCUUUCUCGUCAGGCGCUGUCGGGGUAGUAGUUUCCAUCCAGCCAGUGUUAGUUUACAGUCAGCCAGAAGCAAGCAUAAUGACGACAUGGAUUCUACGCCAGAAGGAAGCUAGGGAUAAGAUGCCAUCUCCUUACCAGUACUUCUCAAAGUCUAUAGCUCUGACAGCCAGUUCAUUUGCUUCUGCCUUUGAUGUACCAGGUCUUGGACUUUCUUUCCUUUCAGCAGUCUCUUUGAAGCCAGCCAUUGCAUUUGGAGGUCCCUUGCUUCUCUUUCUGCUCCUAGGAAGAGCAGCUGCUAUCUCGGCUGUUGGAGAAAAAGAGUCAGCCUCUCCAGUUCUAGUAGUUGCCUUUGCUUCUGCUUUCCCUUCUUAAGAAGCCUACCGAGCGUAAGAGCUAGGAAGCUAAGUAGCUAAGUAAGGAGGACUGUCUAGUCAGUCUUACGUCCAGCCAGUGCAAGCCCUCUUCAUUCCAUUACAAAUGUAGCAAGCCGCUUGAAAGUCAGUGCAGUUAUUACGCUUA